AUGGAAGAGCCCGAUUUAUUGGAGAAAGAUCUGAUCGACCGCGAUAAAUUACGAGGCGGCGACCGACCUCCAGAAGCUGUUGACGCCAAAGAUGGCGCGAACGGAAUAGCAACGAAUAACGAAGACAUUGCUAUGGCGGACGCUGACGGCGAAGGCCAUCUAGAGAACGGCGUUGCGGACGCCACCGACGCUGAGCCGGUCGCUGGAGCGACGGCCGCGGAGGGAGGAAAAGACGAGGAAAUGCGAGACGCGGAAGCGGUGAAAGACGACGGCGACGCGAGCGAUGAUCGCGCGAAUGACGCCGAGCGCGGCGACGCGGCCGCCGCGCCUGACGCAGCUGCUGCGGGUGCGGACGAAAAUGCGGGUGGCGACGCGGCGGGUGUUGAGGCCGGUGAGAAUAAGCAAGCUGACGGCGUGGCUGACGGAGUUGACGGCGAGGGGGAAACGGAGGGCGCGGAGGAGCAAGAAGGGAAGAGUGGCGAGGCGAAGGAGCAGGGCGGUGAUGAGACGGGCGACGACGGUGGGUUGGAGGAAAAAACAGAGAAGGCGGAAGAGAAAGCGGAAGAGAAAGCGGAGGAUCAAGCGGAAGAAAAACCGGGAGAAAAAAUGGAGGAGGAAGCGGGGAAGGGAGCUAAAGGGAAAGCGGAGGGUAAAGCGGCGGAGGAAGCGGAGGGGGAAGGGGGGGAAAAAGCGGAGGCGGAGGGGAAAGCGGAGGAGAAAGCGGAAGGGAAAGCGGAGGAGAGAACGGAAGAGAAAAUAGAGAAGAAAGCAGACGAGGAAUCGAAAGCGGAAGGAGAAGCGGAAGGGGGUGCGGCGGAAGGAGUGGAGGCGGAAGGGAUGGAAGCGGCAGGCGGAGAAGUGGCAGCAGAAGGGGGAACGGCGUCCGCGACUGAUGCGGGUGAGAACCGCGACGAGGCGGAGAAGGGGAGGGCGGAGGAGGAAGAGGGGAAGGACGAGGGGGAGGGGACUGAGGGGACCGAAGCGAAGGAGGGGGAGACGGAGAAGGAAGAGGAGGAAGUGGAGGGGGAGGGGGAAAAGGAAGAGAAGGGGGAGGGGGAGAAGGAAGAGAAGGGAAAAGAGACUAAAGCGGGGAAGGAUGCGAAGGAAGGGAAGGGCGAAAAGGAAGCGGACGAGGAAAAGGGGCCGAAAGAGGGAAAGAAGGGCAAAGGGGGGAAGGAGGAGGUGCGGCGGAAGCAGCGGGAGGACAGGCCCGGGCAGGGCGCGGACGGCAGCGACCAGCGCAAGGCAGCAAAGGGCGCGUCCCCCCAUCUCCGCCCCCACGGCACGCCCGCCAAGGCCUCCGCCAGAGCCCCCCCUUCCCCCGCCACCCCCGCCGCUGGCAGGGCCCGCGCGGGGGAGGAGGAGAGCGGGGGGAGCGAGGACGAGGGGGAGUGGGCGCCGGUGGUGCACGAGCUGGUGUGGGCCAAGGUGCGGUCGCACCCCUGGUGGCCUGCGCGCGUGCUCUCCCCCUCCGAGGCCACCCCGCGGGCGCGCGCGCAGCACCGCUCGGGGCACCUGCUCAUCGGCUUCUACGGCGACCAGACCUUCAACUGGCUGCGCCCCAUGGACCUACUACCAUUCGCGGAGCACUAUUGGGACAAGUCACAGCAGACGCCCAUGAAGCUCUUCUGCCAGGCCGUGGCGGAGGCACUGGUGGAGCUGGACGAGCAGGUCGCCAAGGGGCUGCUGCACGGCGCUAAGCCCUCCACACUCGCCGCUCAACACCGCCGCGUCAACCCCACCGUCAUGCUCUCCUACCUGCGAGCCACGGCCCGCAAUCCCAUUGGCGGGCACCGCGACGCACUGCUGGCGGCAGUGCUGCGGCAGCGGUUCAUGGAAGGGGGAGGGGAGCGCGCCAAGGUGAAGGGGGAGGAGCAGGGCGCGCGCAGGCCCGACCUGGGGGAGGUGUUUCUGGUGGAGGGGCGCCUGGUGGUGCCCGAUGGGGAGGGGGGCGGGGGCGCAGGGGCGGAGGGGAAGAAGAAGGGCGGAGAGAAAGGGGGGAAGCGGAGGGCGCAUAUAGAGGAGGAAGAGGAGGAGGAGCAGGAGGAGCAGGAGGAAGAGAAGGAGGAGGAAGAGGAGGAGGAAGAGGAGGUGGUGGUGGUGAAAGAGAAGAAGAAACGAGGGCGGAAGUGGGAGGAGGAGGAUGAGGAGGAGGAGAUAGGGGAGGAAGAGGAGGAGGAGGACGAGGAGGAUGGGAGGCGGAAGAAGGCGCGCAAGGGCAGGCAGAGUGAGAAGGGCGGAAAAAGGCGUGGGAGGAAGAGGAAGCACGAGGAAGAAGAGGAGGAAGAGGAGGAGGAGGAGGAAGAGGAGGAGGAGGAAGUGGGGGAGGAAGAGGGGCGGAAGCGGAAGAAGAAGAAGAUGAGACGGCGCAAGUCGGAGGGGGGGCCGGGCGAGGAGAGGGAAAGGGAGGAGGGGAAGCGACGGAGGAGGAAGAAGCGUGUGGUACAAGAGGAGGAGGGCGCGGAGGGGGCAGCAGGGGAGGAGGGCGCAGCGGACGAGGGAGAAGGUGCGGAGGAGGAAGGGGCGGGGGCAAUAGUGGCGGCUGGGAAAAAGCCGGUGGAGGGAGACGCCAAGGAGGGGGCGGAAGGGGGAGAAGGGGCGGAGGAGCAGGGGGGUGAGGUCAAGUCCCCAGUGCACUCGCCGCUGCGCUCACCCGUGCAGUCACCUGGGGGGGCGGGGGCGGGGGGAGGGGGGCGGGGCAAGGGGCGGCCGAGCAACGCGCAUAAGUGGGCGGUGGAGAUGCAGCGGCUGGGCAUCAAGGCCGGCGCUGAGCGCGCCCGAGAUGACCUGCUUCGCCUUGCGAGGAGCCCCCUGGAGCUGGCGGAUCUGAGCGAGUCACUCAAGCCCGUGGCAGCAUGGCGCCAACACACCUUCUGGUUCGCCCGCUCGCACAAACCACCACCACCUGCUGCUGCUGCCAGCAAGGGCGAGGCAAAGAAGGCUCCAGCAGGCAAGGCAGGCCAGGAGGCGGCGGGUGAAAAGAGUGCAGCGGUGGGAGAGGCGGAGAGAGAGGUGGGCGCAGCGGGAGGCGAGGGGGCGGAAGCACAAGGGAAGGGUGCGGAGGAGGAGACGCCAGGCGAGGGCGCUGUGGCGGGCGCUGGGGGCGAGGAGGAGGAGAAGAGGAAGGAGGAAAAGGUGAAGGAAGAGGAGGGUGAGAAAGAGAGGGAGGUGGUUGCUGGUGAAGGUGCUGCUCCGAUGGAGGUGGAGGGAGGGGAGGCAGAGGCAGGCGGCGAGAAGGAGAAGGAAGUGAGUAAGGAGGAGGUGAAGGGAGGAAAGGAUGGGGUAAGUGGGGAAAAGGAGCGUGGGGAUGAAGGGGCGAAGGAGGAGGCGAUGAUGGAUGGGGAGAGGAAGCAAGGCGUGCAUGUUAGGGCGAAGGGUGUGGAGGAGAAGGAGAAGGAGAAGGAGGGAGAGGGAGAGGGAGUGAUAACGGGCGAGGUGGAGGAGGAAGACAGGUGGGAGGAGGAGGCGGAGGACGAGGAACCAGUGCCGCCACCGCCCCCACCAGCGGCACCCGCACGCAAGGCAGCAGCGGCAGAGGCAGCAGGGGAGGAGGGGUCGGGGCCGGGGGCGGGGGCGGCGGUGCGGCCGAGGGGGCGCACCAAGGCGGAGGUGAAGGCGCGGCGGCAGCAGCGGCUGGUGGACGCCCGCCCUGGCAGUGAGAGCGAGGGGGGCGAGGGGGAGGAGGAGGACGGGCGCAGUGAUGAGGAGAGACCUGUGGCCGCCAGGGGCAGGGGGCGUGGGCGCGGGCGGGGGUCGAGAGGGGGGAAGGGCGGGCGGGGCAGGGGAGAGGCAGGAGUGGAGGCAGGGGGGAGAGGGGGGGUGAGUUUGACUGGGAGGGGGCGGGGGAGGGGGAGGGGGAGAGGCAGGGGGAGGGGCAGGGGGCGAGGGGGUGAGGGAGGAGGGGUGGAUGGUGGAGCAGUGGAAGGGGGUGAGUGGGAGGAGGGGAGGCAGCGCGAGGUGGGGGAGGGGGGGCAGGAGAGGGCUUUGCGGCAGCGCAAGGCAGUGGGGCCCGCGCGUGUGGAGGGGGACACACUGAGCCCAGAGGGCCGGCGGCGGUCGCUGCAGCAGCUGGCGGCCGCUAAGAGGGAGGCGCGUGGCGGGGCAGGUGGUGAUGGUGAGUGCAGUGCAGGGGGGGAGGACGUGGGGUGCCUGGUGGGCGUCCGUGUGUGUGUGUGUGUGCAUGUGCCGUUCACCACUUGGUGGUGUGUGCAUGUGCCGUUCACCACUUGGUGGUGUGUGCAUGUGCCGUUCACCACUUGGUGGUGUGUGCAUGUGCCGUUCACCACUUGGUGGUGUGUGCAUGUGCCGUUCACCACUUGGUGGUGUGUGCAUGUGCCGUUCACCACUUGGUGGUGUGUGCAUGUGCCGUUCACCACUUGGUGGUGUGUGCAUGUGCCGUUCACCACUUGGUGGUGUGUGCAUGUGCCGUUCACCACUUGGUGGUGUGUGCAUGUGCCGUUCACCACUUGGUGGUGUGUGCAUGUGCCGUUCACCACUUGGUGGUGUGUGCAUGUGCCGUUCACCACUUGGUGGUGUGUGCAUGUGCCGUUCACCACUUGGUGGUGUGUGCAUGUGCCGUUCACCACUUGGUGGUGUGUGCAUGUGCCGUUCACCACUUGGUGGUGUGUGCAUGUGCCGUUCACCACUUGGUGGUGUGUGCAUGUGCCGUUCACCACUUGGUGGUGUGUGCAUGUGCCGUUCACCACUUGGUGGUGUGUGCAUGUGCCGUUCACCACUUGGUGGUGUGUGCAUGUGCCGUUCACCACUUGGUGGUGUGUGCAUGUGCCGUUCACCACUUGGUGGUGUGUGCAUGUGCCGUUCACCACUUGGUGGUGUGUGCAUGUGCCGUUCACCACUUGGUGGUGUGUGCAUGUGCCGUUCACCACUUGGUGGUGUGUGCAUGUGCCGUUCACCACUUGGUGGUGUGUGCAUGUGCCGUUCACCACUUGGUGGUGUGUGCAUGUGCCGUUCACCACUUGGUGGUGUGUGCAUGUGCCGUUCACCACUUGGUGGUGUGUGCAUGUGCCGUUCACCACUUGGUGGUGUGUGCAUGUGCCGUUCACCACUUGGUGGUGUGUGCAUGUGCCGUUCACCACUUGGUGGUGUGUGCAUGUGCCGUUCACCACUUGGUGGUGUGUGCAUGUGCCGUUCACCACUUGGUGGUGUGUGCAUGUGCCGUUCACCACUUGGUGGUGUGUGCAUGUGCCGUUCACCACUUGGUGGUGUGUGCAUGUGCCGUUCACCACUUGGUGGUGUGUGCAUGUGCCGUUCACCACUUGGUGGUGUGUGCAUGUGCCGUUCACCACUUGGUGGUGUGUGCAUGUGCCGUUCACCACUUGGUGGUGUGUGCAUGUGCCGUUCACCACUUGGUGGUGUGUGCAUGUGCCGUUCACCACUUGGUGGUGUGUGCAUGUGCCGUUCACCACUUGGUGGUGUGUGCAUGUGCCGUUCACCACUUGGUGGUGUGUGCAUGUGCCGUUCACCACUUGGUGGUGUGUGCAUGUGCCGUUCACCACUUGGUGGUGUGUGCAUGUGCCGUUCACCACUUGGUGGUGUGUGCAUGUGCCGUUCACCACUUGGUGGUGUGUGCAUGUGCCGUUCACCACUUGGUGGUGUGUGCAUGUGCCGUUCACCACUUGGUGGUGUGUGCAUGUGCCGUUCACCACUUGGUGGUGUGUGCAUGUGCCGUUCACCACUUGGUGGUGUGUGCAUGUGCCGUUCACCACUUGGUGGUGUGUGCAUGUGCCGUUCACCACUUGGUGGUGUGUGCAUGUGCCGUUCACCACUUGGUGGUGUGUGCAUGUGCCGUUCACCACUUGGUGGUGUGUGCAUGUGCCGUUCACCACUUGGUGGGGUGUGCAUGUGCCGUUCACCACUUGGUGGUGUGUGCAUGUGCCGUUCACCACUUGGUGGUGUGUGCAUGUGCCGUUCACCACUUGGUGGUGUGUGCAUGUGCCGUUCACCACUUGGUGGUGUGUGCAUGUGCCGUUCACCACUUGGUGGUGUGUGCAUGUGCCGUUCACCACUUGGUGGUGUGUGCAUGUGCCGUUCACCACUUGGUGGUGUGUGCAUGUGCCGUUCACCACUUGGUGGUGUGUGCAUGUGCCGUUCACCACUUGGUGGUGUGUGCAUGUGCCGUUCACCACUUGGUGGUGUGUGCAUGUGCCGUUCACCACUUGGUGGUGUGUGCAUGUGCCGUUCACCACUUGGUGGUGUGUGCAUGUGCCGUUCACCACUUGGUGGUGUGUGCAUGUGCCGUUCACCACUUGGUGGUGUGUGCAUGUGCCGUUCACCACUUGGUGGUGUGUGCAUGUGCCGUUCACCACUUGGUGGUGUGUGCAUGUGCCGUUCACCACUUGGUGGUGUGUGCAUGUGCCGUUCACCACUUGGUGGUGUGUGCAUGUGCCGUUCACCACUUGGUGGUGUGUGCAUGUGCCGUUCACCACUUGGUGGUGUGUGCAUGUGCCGUUCACCACUUGGUGGUGUGUGCAUGUGCCGUUCACCACUUGGUGGUGUGUGCAUGUGCCGUUCACCACUUGGUGGUGUGUGCAUGUGCCGUUCACCACUUGGUGGUGUGUGCAUGUGCCGUUCACCACUUGGUGGUGUGUGCAUGUGCCGUUCACCACUUGGUGGUGUGUGCAUGUGCCGUUCACCACUUGGUGGUGUGUGCAUGUGCCGUUCACCACUUGGUGGUGUGUGCAUGUGCCGUUCACCACUUGGUGGUGUGUGCAUGUGCCGUUCACCACUUGGUGGUGUGUGCAUGUGCCGUUCACCACUUGGUGGUGUGUGCAUGUGCCGUUCACCACUUGGUGGUGUGUGCAUGUGCCGUUCACCACUUGGUGGUGUGUGCAUGUGCCGUUCACCACUUGGUGGUGUGUGCAUGUGCCGUUCACCACUUGGUGGUGUGUGCAUGUGCCGUUCACCACUUGGUGGUGUGUGCAUGUGCCGUUCACCACUUGGUGGUGUGUGCAUGUGCCGUUCACCACUUGGUGGUGUGUGCAUGUGCCGUUCACCACUUGGUGGUGUGUGCAUGUGCCGUUCACCACUUGGUGGUGUGUGCAUGUGCCGUUCACCACUUGGUGGUGUGUGCAUGUGCCGUUCACCACUUGGUGGUGUGUGCAUGUGCCGUUCACCACUUGGUGGUGUGUGCAUGUGCCGUUCACCACUUGGUGGUGUGUGCAUGUGCCGUUCACCACUUGGUGGUGUGUGCAUGUGCCGUUCACCACUUGGUGGUGUGUGCAUGUGCCGUUCACCACUUGGUGGUGUGUGCAUGUGCCGUUCACCACUUGGUGGUGUGUGCAUGUGCCGUUCACCACUUGGUGGUGUGUGCAUGUGCCGUUCACCACUUGGUGGUGUGUGCAUGUGCCGUUCACCACUUGGUGGUGUGUGCAUGUGCCCACAUGGCUCUCUCUUCCUCCUCCAGUGUGCACGCCCCUGUGCCCUCGGCUGUGGCCUGCCAUGCACUCGCUGACAGCACAGGAUGCCUCGUCAGUGCCACCGGGAUGGCUGCAGGGUGGGUGGCAGCAGCAGGGAGGGGGCGGGCAGCAAGGGGGGGGCGGGCAGGGAGGGGGCGGGCAGCAGGGCGCGGGGCAGCAGGGCGCGGGGCAGCAGGGCGCGGGGCAGCAGGUGCUGUGCAUGCGCUUCCCCAAGCUCAUGCCGCAGCCGUCCGUGGCGCAGCUGCGCGCCACCUUCGCGCGCUUCGGUGCGCUGCUGGGCGCCAAGCUCAUCAAAUACCAGGGCGUCGCUGAGGUGGUAUUCGAGGACCCGGCGUCAGCGACAGCAGCGAUGCACGAGGCCAUGCACGGCUCGUCGCUCUUUGGCUCAUGGGACGUGUCCUUCCGCCUGCGCCCCUACACCGCCUCCUUGGACUCUGCAGUGCCUAUCCGGCCCACAUAUCCCGCCGCCCACACCCCCCCACCCUCCGCCCACGGCCCCCCGCCCUCCGCCCGCACCCCUCCUGCGCGCCUUCCCCCUGCGGUCUCCCCCGCCCCCACUCCCCCGCGCGCCCUCGCGCCUCCCCCGGCCGGUGCUGCCCUCGUGCCCGCCGCCCCGGCUGCCCGCCUCACGCCCUCCCAGCGCCACAGCCUGGCGAACCCAGCGCAGGCGGCGCAGAGGCCGGGCAGUGCGGCGUGGAUGGGCACGCCCACGACGCUGGGCCCGGGCAGGGGGAAUGGGGGGAGGAGGAGGGGAUGGGGGGGCAGGAGGGGACGAUUGGUGGGAGGCACAGGACGCCCUCCCCACGCCCCCUGUGGAGCCCACACAACCUUCACAGCCAUCUGCUCCCCCUCCCGCACACACCCCUGCUGCGCCACCCUCCCUCCCGUCUACCCCUGCCCCUCUGCCCACCGCCUCACCUGCCCCUGCCGCUGCCACUGA